AUGUACGGUGCGCAUCACCGAGUAGCGCCGCUGCGCGGAAGCGGCGCAGGUGCGGGGCGGCAUUCCGUCGCCACCCCGUGCGACACGCUUAGCGCUACACCAACAGCGUCGCAGAGGGAACUUCUCACACAGCGUGGCUCACAGGUCGGUUGUGGUGCCGCUUCGUGGCCGUCGACAACGGGCACCUACGCUCUGCCAGUUUCAAUGCAGCGGUCGCAUCUGACGGCGCCUGUCGCCUCUCAGCCGCUGCGGACCUCGCAGUUUGGAAUCCCGCACACACAGCCGCAAGUAGGCGAUGGCGCCUUGCUGCAGUCGGCACUGUCUCAAACGGCGCAGCAUCAGAAGGAGGCCACCGCUGCGCUCCUCACUGUGGUGGAUUCCCUGCAGCAGCAGGAGAGGCGCCUGGCGGACGGCUGCCAGAGCCUCUCCUAUCUUGCGACUCUCGUGGACGGGCAGCACGCACAGGUGGCGGCGCUGCGCAGCCUCGCGGAGGAGGUGCGCGCGAUGGUGGUGGCGAUUCGCGAUGCCGCAGCGGUGCUGCACGGUGUGCGCCGCCAGGAUACACCUCCAGCUGCUGGAAGCACGCCCUUCCCAGACAUGUCCCACUGGCAGAAGUCUGCUGUGGGGCUCGUGCUUGGUGACGACUCUCUUUCCCCGCCGCCGCACGUUGGGGAUGGCAAUGGCGGCAGCAGCAAGAAGAGUGGCGACGACGACGACGGGUUUGAUGGAGGGGCUGCGUAUAUGGGCGGCUCUCAGGUGAAGCGUGUGGUGUUGAGAGGCACCGCAGCAUCGACGCGGCGCGCCGCAAANAUAUGGGCGGCUCUCAGGUGA